AUGAAGACAGUCUCUGAUCGCAUUGACGAGUACAUCGAAGAGGCAGUGGGAGGAGUUGACGACCGCACCCAUAGAAUCUUCAAGGAUGUUGUCCUGAACGCUGGUCUCUGGAUUCUCCAGAGUAUACAAAGUCAUGAUCUUCUCCUUGCGUCUCUAUGCACAGAAAUCACUACCAACGAGCGCAACUCUCGUGCGGCUACCAAGUCGUUGGAAGCGGCACUCGACUCCUACGGUCUCAAGGAUGUCAAUCUCACGCCCAAGGCCGUCGAGCAUUGCCAGGUACUUGACAAGCAGGAGCUGGAGAGACAGAAAGCUCUAGAGGAAAUGAUCGAGAGACUCGAACGUGAGAACAAGGGCAAGAUGGAAGCGAUGACUAAGGAAAAGAGCAGGAGUGACUAUGGCGAUGAUAUCACGAAGAACGGAGAGAGCAGGAAGAGGAAGAGAGAUAUCGAGACGGAGGAUCACAUGGACAUCGAUAUUCUGAUGUGA